UUAUCUUAGACGCAUACGACUCUUUCAGUGCCCAACACUCACUACCAUAUAACAUAGCCGGUCAUAUAACAUAGCCGGUUGUAUGGCUGUACGGUAAAAUUUUCCUUUCAACUUAUUGGGAAUCUUAGGAUCACAUAGGUUUCACAAUAAGUCAGCUAAUAUAAACAUUGACAGAAGCUAUAGCUAAACUCUGCAAAUUGGUUGCAAUUUAUUUUUUCCAAAUUAUAUCCAUUAAAAGAAAUAACUUAGAUGUUUUCACCCUCUUUUUUUCUUGCUUCUUGAGGAGUCUUCAGUUAAAUGAGAAACAGUAUAAACUGCAUUGAACUACAUUGCUUAGUGUCACAGCACUGCUUGCAAUGAAACUCAUUUUUCCCCCUCGUGAUUUUCAGCUUGGACAAGCAAUGGAACCGCCAAUUGCCUCGUCUAAUUCAUCUGGACAUGGAGGAAACUCAAGCAGUGGCAGAGGGCCGAUGCAUUUUGGAGGCCCAUCUCAAAAUCCAAGCAAUGGAUAUUUUUCUGUGGUGAAUAGGAACAGGCCGACUGCUCUUCUUUUAGACGGAGAUAGAAUUUACAGGAUGGUGCAGAAGGGAAUUCUUCAACACUAUGGUGUUGACACCCAAAAUGUGGACAAUGGCACAGCUGCAAUAAACGUGCUUAUGGGCAAUAGUUUCAAUCUCAUUGUCAUUGAUAUUAACCUUCCUGACAUGGAUGGACCUGAGAUAACUAGGCAGAUGCGUGCCAUGGGCGUAGGCUCCAAGAUUGUUGGCACAACUUCUUGCUGGUGUGAAAGGGAUAGACAAGCAUUUCUAAAUGCUGGAGCUGACGAGUUCUUUGAAAAGCCCUUGAGUUCUGAGACGCUGUUGAUAAUUCUGACAGAGCUCGACGGCGGCUAUGAAGCAUAAUGGGUUGCAUAGAGGACUCUAUUGCUAUGCCAAGUCAACAGAAUCCUACCUUAGUUAUUUACCAUUUUCAGCUUGUCCUUUUCUCUAUGUUUUGAUACAAGUCUUAUGUUUCAGUCAAAUAUAACCGAGUCUAUGAUAGUCUUGCUGCAGUAAUAACAGCAACAUGAAUAAAGUCUGCUGUUCUUCUUCAUUA